GCAAACCAGAAUAUUCUGCAACACCGCUCUCUCACUUAUGCACUUCAGCGCUGGACAGCGUUUAGCCGCGUCUCUCCUGAUGGAAACGGUAUAUGAAGUCAUGGCUGGCUAUAAUGCAACCCUGCCAGCCUAACACCACGGCAUGACUUACCUUGUCAUGUACCGGUGACUGACCACCUUGGUGGAAGAGCAGGAGGUGCGAGGCUAUCGCAUAUAUGUCUCCGUGACUUUUUCCAGAUCGAAUCUUUUUCAAUGUUCAAAACAUAACCGCAGUUUGACGCGCGAAACGGAGAACUCCGCACUGCAGUCACACAGUAGGCUAUAUCACGUACUUUCAGUCGCUCUUGCAUACACAUUUUAUUACACGCGUGUUUGGUUGAUGUCUUGAGGAAAAUUCUGAAAAAGGUUUCUCUGCAUGGAAAUCAAAGUAAUAUACCUGAUGAUGACACCGCAUCUUUCCUAACAGUCAGUCAGUCAAGGGAGUUAUUAUGGAAUUAACUGCAAACGACCGAAGACAUUUGACACAUGUAAGGAAAUAAAAUAAAUAAUUGACCAAAUAUUUGUAAUUCUCCUUUUCACCAAUGCGUGCUAAAUGAAUACGUUUUAAUGCAUCUGAAAACUGGAUCUGAAAACUUUAACAAUCGCUUUCAUGGGCUAGAUGUAGAAUAUAAGGUUAUUUUAUUGUUUGGGUAUAUCGGUUAUCUUUAAUAAUUCCAGUCGACUCCUCUGACUGUGACAGUCGUGACCAAUGUUGGACCCUCGAGCUCAACGUGCCUCUCGUGACUGACACAUCAGAAGGAAAUCUAUUGGAUUUAUUACAAAACAACCACAUCUAUCUUUACUAAAGACAGCAAGAAGUUUGGUCAGUUGAGUGGAUUUUAUUUCGUGAAUGACACUUUUUUAUUUUUACGCAUUAUAUUUUUGUGUCUUGGUGACCUGGCUGUCAUUACGCGGUAUUGAUGGACACACACAGGUUGUUGUUGCUGCCGGACCUCGCGCAGUGAUAUUUAGUAGACAUCAUGUUUCUAUGCAACACAAGUGCAAUCAAAGACUGGAGCUAUUUCCUCUCUCAGAUCCUGCCUCUGAUCAACAAGACGUCUGGCUUGGUCAAUCAGGGCAUCAUCGACGAAGCGGAGGUGGCGACCACCACCAUGGUGACUGCUCUAGAGCCGGACCUGAGCGGGAUAAGCGCCAGUCACCCACCGCUGAACUCUAAUCACACCUCCGGGAUGGAACAUGUCUUUCAGUACUCGGAGAGUGACCUUCUGUAUACGGACAACAGGACACCAGCCCGGGACUCCAUCCCACUGCCCAAGGCCGUGCUCUACCUUGUUUGCGCGGCGCUAGUGGUGGUCGCGGUGGUAUAUGCCAUAGUGGGACACCUGGUCAAGGAUCUGGUUACUGAGUUUGUAGACUGCAGGUUGUUUGGUGGCUGCAGAGUGACCAACAGGAGUAAGAGUGAGAUAAACUGUAUCACCAACAGCGUGAACGAGAUGAGUGAGAUGAGCGAAAGGCCACAGUUGGUAGAGAUGAACUACAUUACUUGUAACCACAGUAACUGCCUGGGGGUGACUGCCCAACCAGAAGAACUCAUAGUGACCAUAGACGAGACGUUACAGCUGCCACGGGAUACACACACUGGGACCUAAAACCUUGGGCACAACAGUCAUCUGAUAUCGGAUAAGAGGGAAAGGAAACAGCCAGUUUGCUUGGGUUUCCUUCAUAAAUGGAGCAACCUAGUCUAUCACAAACCGAUAUCCACUGUCCAUUACAGUACAGCAGUGGCAUCGACUGAUGUUUGUCAUGAGGUUGUUAAAAUGAGGACAAAAAGUAUUGAAAAGUCUUAAAACAAAGGCGAUGGACAACUUUACAGCACUGGAUGCAAACGUUGACAUUGAACUGGAGGAAUAACUAACAGUUGGAGUGGACUGAUUCUUUUUCUGAAUUUCACCAUCCUGUCACUCAUCAUUGUGUCUUGUUCUUGGUAAGCCUUUACCUGUACACAUUGUACUCUCCAAAUGUGAUCCAAGUAUUUGACCGUGACUAAUCUCUUGUUCACACAAACACACACACACACACACACACACACACACACACACACACACACACACACACACACACACACACACACACACACACACACACACACACACACACACACACACACACACACACAGUCUUAAAUGUACAGUGUAGUGGUUGAAGUGCAGUGACGAUCAAUUCAAUUUAGCUCCUAUCCUCUUCAUUGUCCAGAUACAUUUCUACGUGCUAUGAGCAAGAUGUGAUCUCAACAAAAUCAUAACGUUCCAGGUACAAUAUGAGGGUGAGACAAUAUUUUUUUCUCUUGACGUUGUAACACGACUGGUGAAACCAAGGUCAUUUUGUUCAAUGGAAACUGCAAUUAUAUUACACAAAAAAAGACAUGAUGAAGAUGUGCAUGUGCAUGCGUAUUUCACACAUUUCUUAUUUAUUUUUAUUUCACGUGUUACAUAUUUCGGAUUAAUAACUUCUAUGUGUACCGUGUCUUUCCAAAUGCUCCCCGUGACUUCAAUCAUCAAUCUCAGCAAGAGCUUACAGUUCUGAUAUAUUUUAUAACAUUAUGUAUAGCAAUGGGAACGUCCCAAAUGCAACCAAUGAUAUUUGAAGCCUUUCAUUCUGUAUUACCUCACUACUAAGGGCUAAGAGCUGCUGCUGUUGUGUGUGUGUGGUGUGUACCAUGCUGCCAAGGUGACCUCAAAGCUAAGGGGGUUGUCUCUCCUAUUCUACUGCUUUACUGUACGCUCCCUCUAAUGGUUAGAUGCAUUGGGGGAAAUCAUGGUGUACUUAACAGUAACUUCUGCAAUGCACAGUGAUGCUGCAUAAUGUCACAUAUAGAAAUGCCAUGCAUAGAUUACAUUUCAUGAGUAAUAGAGCAUAAUACAGUAGUCCUUUCUAUUCAUUCUAUUUCUACAUGUACCAUUGUUGCAAGAAAAUUCUCUUCACAUCAAGCACAAGGUCUAGUUUCACCAGUCUUUUGAUCAAGUCUUUCCUCACCACUUAGUCCCCUCUCCUUGCAGUCUGUGAUUUCCAGUGUGUCCAAAAUACUGAGCAAGAAUAAAGACCAAAAACAAC